AUUCAAGCUAGAAUGCAUCGUCGGAGCAUCUAUACAGCCGAUGCGUUUGUUUAUACUUAUCGAUGCGCGCGCCGCGUCCGGGGGCACGAAAAUAGAGCAGCGAGCGCGAAUUAUAAUCGUAUAUCUAAGUUUGGUAAAAAUAGACUGUUUAAUAAACGCGCGAGCCGCGACAGUGCGAUCCUAAUUUUCCGUCGCUUCACAAGUCGCGCGAGACGCGUUAUCUCGCUCGUUCGACCGACAAAAUGAGUAUGUUCAGCGGCUUCAUGACGAGAUUCGCCAGUAAACGUGAGUGUAUCUCCGUUCACGUCGGCCAAGCCGGAGUCCAGAUCGGUAAUGCCUGCUGGGAACUCUACUGCCUGGAGCAUGGCAUCCAGCCGGACGGUCAGAUGCCCUCCGACAAGAUGAUGGGCGGUGGCGACGACAGCUUCAACACCUUCUUCAGCGAGACCGGGGCUGGCAAGCAUGUGCCCAGGGCCGUCUUCGUCGAUCUCGAGCCCACCGUCGUCGACGAGGUCCGAACCGGAACGUACCGUCAGCUCUUCCACCCGGAGCAACUGAUCACCGGCAAGGAAGACGCAGCCAACAACUACGCUCGUGGUCACUACACGAUCGGCAAGGAGAUCGUCGACCUGGUGCUCGAUCGCAUCCGUAAACUAGCUGAUCAGUGCACCGGUCUCCAGGGCUUCCUCAUCUUCCAUUCGUUCGGCGGUGGUACCGGCUCCGGUUUUACCUCCCUCUUGAUGGAACGUCUCUCGGUCGACUACGGCAAGAAGUCCAAGCUCGAGUUCGCCAUCUAUCCAGCGCCCCAGGUCUCCACUGCUGUGGUCGAGCCCUACAACUCGAUCCUCACCACCCACACGACCCUCGAGCACUCGGACUGCGCGUUCAUGGUCGACAACGAGGCCAUCUACGACAUCUGCCGGCGCAACCUAGACAUCGAGCGUCCGACCUACACCAACCUGAACCGACUGAUCGGCCAGAUCGUCUCCUCCAUCACGGCCUCUCUGCGAUUCGACGGAGCCCUGAACGUCGAUCUUACCGAGUUCCAGACCAACUUGGUGCCCUACCCCAGGAUCCACUUCCCCCUGGUCACCUAUGCCCCAGUCAUCUCCGCCGAGAAGGCUUACCACGAGCAGCUGUCCGUAGCCGAGAUCACCAACGCCUGCUUCGAACCAGCCAACCAGAUGGUCAAGUGCGAUCCUCGUCACGGAAAGUACAUGGCCUGCUGCAUGCUGUACAGGGGUGACGUCGUGCCCAAGGACGUCAACGCUGCGAUCGCUACCAUCAAGACCAAGAGGACCAUCCAGUUCGUCGACUGGUGUCCCACCGGAUUCAAGGUCGGCAUCAACUACCAGCCGCCCACCGUCGUUCCUGGUGGUGACUUGGCCAAGGUACAACGCGCUGUCUGCAUGUUGUCGAACACGACAGCGAUUGCCGAGGCCUGGGCCAGGUUGGACCACAAGUUCGAUCUGAUGUACGCCAAGCGCGCCUUCGUGCACUGGUACGUCGGCGAGGGUAUGGAGGAGGGUGAGUUCUCCGAGGCUCGUGAAGAUUUGGCAGCCCUGGAGAAGGACUACGAGGAGGUCGGCAUGGAUUCAGUCGAGGGCGAGGGAGAAGGCGCGGAAGAGUAUUAGUAGAGUUAUCAUUGAAGGGAAGAGUUGGAAUUUCAUUUUAAAGAAGUUGAACUCAAAGGAUGAUAAGCGUUUUGAUAAACUUUUGUAACGAUUGAUACAUUAUUUGCUAUGUAUUAUUCCGAAAAAUAUAUUACACUUUUUACUGCGCA